UAUUAGAGAGCAAGAUAACUGCCACCAAUAGUGGCGUUCUGCAGCAAAAUAAGCAAUAGCAAGUUUGUUUGACCGAUAUUACGUCGAUAGAGUUGUGGUUGCAGGACAGACAUAAAAUUCCGCUAUGAGAAGAAUGGCUUCAGUUCUAAGCUGUUUCAGCGGUCCCGAAGAAUUGGAGGAUAUUAAUCACGCCAGAAGUUUACUGAAAGAGCUCAAGUUGUUCUACGACUCAAAAUUGCUUGUGGACGUUACCAUCGAAGUGGACCCGGACUGUCCGUCCCACCAGCAGAACGCAGGGCCAGGAAAGAGCAAGUUUUGCACAGAGAGUGGAAAACUCUUCCCUUGUAACCGUAACGUACUAGCGGCAGCCAGUCCCUACUUCAAGAGCAUGUUCACCGGGGGGCUUUACGAAAGCAAGCAACAGAAAGUGACGAUACAUGACGUGGACGCCGAUUCCAUGUCUCUAAUUAUUGACUACUGCUAUACUGGCAAAGUGCAAAUAACGGAGGCCAACGUGCAAAGACUAUACGCGGCAGCCAACAUGCUGCAGCUGGAAUAUGUCAGGUACGCAUGCUCUAGUUUUAUGACCAGAAGACUGGACGUCUCAAACUGUAUGGCGAUUCUGAAAUUCGCGGACACGUUUGACAAUCAUGACUUAAAAAGCGAGGCCCAGGGAUUCGUCGCCAGAAACUUUGUGCAGCUGUGCAGGACGAGCAGGGAGCUCUGCGAACUGGACUUGACUCAAAUCAAAGACAUCCUGUCGCUGGACACCUUGGAUGUGGACUGCGAGAGCAAAGUCUGUUCGGCCGCAAUCCAGUGGAUUGAGGCAAACCAGCGCGAGCAGACCGACGACGCCGCCGUGGAGGUGCUGAGGUGUGUCCGGUGGCACCUCUUCACAGAAAAGGACGCGGCUUACCUGGAAGGGCUCAAGUCCAAGCCGUGUGUCAAGCGCCACCUCGCGGGCUUCAUGGCGGGGGUUAGCGGCGGCGGCGGUAACGGCGGGAUGGAGUGGACUCCGCCCGCCCCCGCCCACGGGCCGGCGCACAGGAUCGGACGGAGCGCCAAAGAGAUGAUUCUGUUCUUCGGGAGACCCAACGAGCCCUUCAUGUGCUACGACCCGUACUCAGAGGAGGUCCGCUCCAUGGCGUCCCCUUUAAUCAACCUGAGCAACCUGGGCUUUAAGAGGUCCAUAAUGGAGACCUUCACCGUCUGCGUGUCCCCAGAAAAUGACCUUUACCUGGCCUCGCAGCUGUCGAAGCACUUCUGGGUGUAUAACCCCGUACUGAACAGCUGGCAGGAGCUGGCGGAGAGGCUAAUCGGACGGGUUCACGCGGACAUCGGCUACCUCAACGGGCACCUGUACAUGCUGGGGGGGCGUGACCCCAACACGGACGCCAGGCUGAAGGACGUGGAGUGCUACAGCAUCCAGAGGAAUCAGUGGAGGCUGGUGGCCCCGCUGCCCCACUCCCUGGGCAAGAUGCAAAUCGCGGCCAUGAACGACCGCCUGUACGUGGUCAACAAGCGGAGGAUGCUCUGCUACGAGCCGCAGAGGAACCGCUGGCUGCCCGGGGCGUCGCUGAAGCACGGCAAGCUGCACAAGGCCUGCGUGUUCCAGGACCAGAUCUUCUGCCUGUGCGACAUCCCGGUGGUGAAGGCCUACAGCCCGGCCCGGGGCGAGUGGAGGCGCAUCGGGGACAUCCCCAUGGACAGCAACGCGCUCAACUACCAGGUGGUGCAGCACAGCGGCCGGCUGCUGCUGCUGACCGUGUCCCUCGCCCACCACAACAGGAACCGGGUCAUCGUGCACGAGUACGACCCCGCCCGUGACGGCUGGAGGAACGUGGCCAGCAUGCUGGGCUCCUCUUUCGGCUACAUCAGCCUCUCGGCGCGCCUGUACCCCUCCAGCCUGGGCUCGGGGCAGAGCUUUUUCGCCGAGGAGGACGACGACAGCGGCUCCAGCGCCGACUGGGACCUGGACGGCCUGACUGACGCUGACUCGGACUCGGGGAGCUCCAGCUCCUUCUCGGACGAGAACUGGUAGCACAGAGAGGAAGAGGUGCCCUGGAGUCACUGCGCUUCUGCAGCAGCCAUAAAGAUGUGGACACACACGUCAUGAAUUUUUUUUGCCAAGAUAAGCGAACUCAAGUAGCACCUCGUUAAUAUAUAAUUUUCUUUUUAGUAUGACUGUUAAAAAUGAAUUGUGUUUGUCAGUAUUUGAAAUUAAUUUUCUUUCAAGUGCACUGAUAGUUUGCACAGCACACAUACAGUAUCAAGGAGCUAAAAGGUAGUGUGGUGUCAGGAUCAUACAACGCCAAGAAGCCAUCAGUUGAUGAAUGUCAUGCAUAUUUUCAGGGCUUUUGGGUAAUUUUGUUAUUAGUGGAUUACUUGUUGGUCAGGGUUUCAGAGCUUCUGGUCUUUGAACACGUUGCCAAAAUUAUGUGGUUCACCAUUCGUCUCAAGAGAGCAAAAGAGUACCGAGUAUCUUUAAGAGAAACGCACACAGAAAAGGGCUAUGAGUACCCAGUCUGGAUGGGCCCACAGGCAGCAUAUUUUCAUACAGUAUUAUGCUUAUAGAACACGAUGUCACACUGUUCAACAGCAGAACAGGCCAUUUGUGUCAUACAUUUCAUUUAGAAGUUAACCUGGGCAGCUGUCCUUUUCCAUUCCCCACAUUUUGGACUGAAAACAGUGGUCCUGCUUUUUAACAGGUUUAGGGGAAAUAACACAUUAUUUAUGGCACAAAACGCCUUGAAUUAAUAAACCUGUUCUUAAGAAA